GCGGAGGCCCCCGGCCCGGCGCUUGGGUGCCGCAGAGCGGCCCGCGGGGCCCGUGCUCCCCGCACGUUGUGCCCGUCUGGCGUCUGGGCCCCUUCCUCGCCUUGGCUCCUUCCCACCGAUUGCUGCUCCUCCUGCGGUGUUUGUUGAGGCUUCUUUGUUUUAUUUUAUUUUUUUUUUCUUUUAAGAGGUUCUACUGACCUCCUCUUGCCCUACAGAAUCCUACACAGUUCGAUGUUUAAACCUCAACACAUAAAAUGGGUAGAGAAUGGGAAGCCGUGCAGGCGGCACAGGGACUCUCCCCUCUGGCUGGCGUUAAAGCUCACUGUGCUGCUGUGGUCCGGGAGGUCUGUGCCCUUCGUGAUUUCCAGGGAGAUGCAGGGUUAUGGCCAUCUGAGGGGGAGCUGACUGGUAAAGCCAGCUCAUUCCUGUUUGCCAGGUUUGAGCCAACCAGCCACAGCCAGCUGUGUAACCAUUCAGUGUUCCAGGUCAGCCAGUAUACAUGAAGCUCACGAUCUGGACCUGCUAUGACUGACCCAGACGUCCUCACUGAGGUCCCAGCAGCUCUCAAGCGCCUUGCCAAAUAUGUGGUGCGUGGCUUUUAUGGCAUCGAGCAUGCUUUGGCUCUGGACAUCCUCAUCAGGAACCCCUGUGUGAAGGAGGAGGACAUGCUGGAGCUCCUCAAGUUUGACAGGAAGCAGCUGAGGGCUGUCCUCAACACCCUCAAGGGUGACAAGUUCAUCAAAUGCAGGAUGAGGGUCGAGACAGCUCCCGACGGCAAGACCACGCGCCAUAACUAUUACUUCAUCAACUACCGCCUGCUUGUCAACGUGGUCAAGUACAAGCUGGACCACAUGCGCCGCAGGAUUGAGACCGACGAGAGAGACUCCACCAACCGCGCCUCUUUUAAAUGCCCCAUCUGCUUCAGCACUUUCACAGAUCUGGAGGCCAACCAGCUGUUUGACCCCAGGACAGGAACUUUCCGCUGUACCUUCUGUGAGACUGAAGUGGAAGAAGAUGAGUCGGCCAUGCCCAAAAAGGAUGCAAGGACACUGGUUGCGAGAUUCAACGAGCAGAUUGAGCCCAUCUACGCACUGCUUCGUGAGACGGAAGACGUUAACUUAGCCUAUGAAAUCCUGGAGCCAGAACCCACAGAGAUUCCUGCCCUGAAGCAGAGCAAGGAGCGUGCGGCUGGUGCUGGUUCAGGGGCAGCAGCCGGCCUUGCAGGGGGACACCAUCGGGAAGCAUGGACUACCAAGGGACCAUCAUACGAGGACUUGUAUACCCAGAAUGUCGUCAUCAGCAUGGAGGACCAGGAGGAUCUGAACCGGUCUGCAAGCGAAGGAAAGCCAGCCAGAGAGAGACCCAUUUGGCUGCGGGAGAGCACGGUGCAGGGGGCUUAUGACCCUGAUGAAAUCAAAGAUGGAGGCCGGGAUCUGGAUGCGUUCCAGGAGCGUGAGGAGAGCCGGGCAGCCCUGGAUGACAAUGAGGAGGUGAUGCGUGCCCUGCUCAUCCACGAGAAGAAGACACCUUCCGCUUCCACCGUCACCGUCAGCGGUGCCGCUCCUCUCUCCGGCGGCAACGCGAGUGACUCCGAGAGCGAGACGAGCGAGUCGGAGGAGGAGUCCCCUCCCCGCCCUGCCGCCACGGCCACCGCAACAUACGGGCUGGAGGAGGAGGAGGAGGACGAAGAGUUUGAGGUGGUGGCAGAAGACCCCACUGUCACAGUGGCUGGGCGCCCGCAUUCUUACAGCCAAGUGAGCCAGCGUCCCGAGCUGGUGGCCCAGAUGACGCCGGAGGAAAAAGAGGUUUACAUAGCCAUGGGGCAGCGCAUGUUCGAGGACAUGUUCGAUUAACUGUCCCUGCCGGGGCAUUUUUUAAAAGGUGACUUUUUAAGGCAGAAACUCUUUAGCAGAACAGAAGACUGGAGCGCAUCUUCCCUCCCCUGUGCACAGGCAGGGUCACUGCAGCUCAGCACUGCUAAUCUCAGGCAUCCUGCUCGCCAGAGCGGGGGAGCAGCAGAGCUGCAUGUGCCAAAACACAUAGGGGAGGACGAGUCUCAGAAGUGAGGAUGCUUGCACGGUAAAAAUCUGCUUCAGGGUGCCCUGCACAGGCACUGCUUUAACCUUCUCCAAGGCCCUAGCAGCUCUUUCUCCCGAUGGCUUUAAGUUGAUUUUUGUUGCAGAUCCCAGUGAAGUCCUCAUCCCUGCUCUCAGGGGACAUAAAAACUCCAUAGUCUGAGCAGGGCACUCUGCAGAGGAGGGCAUAUGUAACAUACAGCUGCCUGUGCUCAGCGAGAGGAGAGAGGGAAGUGUUUGUCUGCUGAUGGCAGGCUUGGACAGGGCUUGUAGCUGACUCUCUGCCAGCAGCCACUGGCUACCAGAGUGGCUCUUUCUAAGCAGGCCUGUAGGCAGCAACCUUUUCUUGCUCCCAUUCGCUACCUACUGGGACUCAGCAUCUCAAGGUCAGGUGUAACUUGAAACAGGCAGAGCGAAAGCCUUGGCAAGCACAUGCAGUCAGUCACUUCUUGCCAGUGUAACAAAUGCCCUCCACGGAUCUGAGCUGCCAGUGCUCUGACUUGCCAGGAGAAACCUUCAUUUUCCAAUAUUGCUGCCUGUUGUUUCUGCCUAGCCCUGUCCAUGAAGACAUGCAGACAGUUCACAGUGGGCAGAGCUGCUGUCAGGCAGUGCCAGAGAAGUAGCAUAACUAAGUUUUAUUUGCAGUCUCACCAGGGAUAUAUGAUUUUAAAAGGAAUUAUACAAUUUUGAAUUCUGCUUGGCACACUCUUUUACCACAGAAAGACAUUUAUCAGUGCCUAUAGAGCAAUAUAAUGUUUUUAAUGUUUUUCUCUUUCAAUUGAAAAUGUUGCUUUUUUAAAAUUGUUGUGUUUUCCUACACAGUACUACAAUAAAACAAAAUUAUAAAAGAUUUCUGUGUUCCAGAGAGUAGGGGCAGCAUUAUGUGCUGUUCCACUUAUAUGGGCGGUACAAAUUUGCUGCUCACUGAGACUGUAAAUCUGUUUUAUACUAACUAUGGUUUCUAUGUUCUGCUAACCUUGUAAUGCCUCCUUUGUGGUUUGAUUUUCAGCUUCUCAAUACUCUGAAUCCCCUCUUUUUUAAAUAGUGUUUUGAAUUUUCUUUUAAGUCAUUUUAAAGAGGAAUAAAUAAACAGAAACUUC